GCAGCCGCCAUGACCCGCUCCAUGUCCCCGCUGUGCGUCCUGGGGUUCCUCGCCCUCUCCUCCGCCUGCUACAUCCAGAACUGCCCCCGGGGGGGGAAGCGGGCGCUGCCGGACACUGGCAUCAGACAGUGCAUGCCCUGUGGCCCCGGAGACAGGGGCCGCUGCUUCGGCCCAAGCAUCUGCUGCGGGGAGGGUCUGGGCUGCCUGCUGGGCUCCCCAGAGACAGCUCACUGUGUGGAGGAGAACUACCUGCUCACCCCCUGCCACGCAGGAGGGAGACCCUGUGGAUCUGAGGGAGGACGCUGUGCGGCAUCAGGACUCUGCUGUGAUGCAGAGAGCUGUGCGGUUGACUCUGACUGCCUGGCGGAGAUGGAGGCCUCAGAUCCAGGCCACGGCUCACCUGCAGAGCUGCUGCUCCGCCUGCUGCAUGUGACGGCCAGAGGACAGACCGAGUACUGA